UUGUAUUUGCCUAAAAAAAUUCAGCACCAAAUUUGUAUUUUUGUGCGCACUGGCGAGUGGGUUCAACAACUUUCCACAAAGAUGAUGGAUGCUCUAUCGGUGGUCACCCAGCUCCGUGACCUUGCCUCAGAGCCACAGAACCGCGAGGUGAUUGUCCAGGACCAGGGCUGUCUCCCGGGGCUGGUGCUAUUCUUGGACCAUCAGAGUCCCGAGGUGCUGUUUGCCACUCUGCAGACUCUGCGAUACUUGGCUGAAAUGUCUCCUAACAUUCCCACUAUGAAGAAUGAGCUGGGCAUGAUGGUCAGCUUAGAAAAUCUUAUGGGAAGGAAUGGUUUGUCUGUGGAUAUCACAUCCCUGGCUAGAGAGGUCUAUGAUAUUCUCAUGAUGCCUGCCAGGCCAGCCACACCUGAAAGGCCGAGGGGAAAGAAACCUCAGUUUUUUAUCAACUCUUCAAGUAAGAAGGCCAAGUCUGUGACCCUACACAUCCAGGGGCUGGACAGUACUGAACAGCGCAGUCUUUGUGAAGAGGCUCUUCUAAAGGUGAAAGGAGUCAUCAGUUUCACUUUCCAGAUGGCUUCAAAGAGAUGCACUGUUCGUAUUCGCUCUGAUCUUCCCACUGAGAGUCUAGCAGCAGCAAUUGCUGCUACAAAGAUACUGUCGGCCGAGCAGGUGGUGAAGAAUGAAGAAGGGAAAGAGGUUUUGGUCCCCCUUAAAGUGAGUGGAGCAGAAGUGAAACAAAACACUGCUCUGCCAGACUACCUCCCAGAGGAUGAGGACAGCCCGGAGAAGGACCUGAGCCGCGCAGUCUCUCGCACCACUGCCAAAGAAGACUCGAGUGGGAGCUGGCUCAAUACUGCUGCCAGUUUCCUCACCAAAACCUUCUAUUGGUGAAAAGUUAUUUCUCAAUAUGC